AUAAUAUAUUCCGAAUUUAAUCACAAAUACACCAAUGUAUCUUUAGUCAUUCUCUAUUGUGAAAUUAAUAUAUCGCUAAAAAUUAUAAAUGAAGGAAUUACAACUCAUUUCAGCCCCAUCUUCGAUUUAUGGCUACAAUGGUAUGAUGGAUUUAGGUACUGUUACCAACAACAAUACCAGCACCAUUGUCCAUCGAUCAUCCCUAGAUAACGAAAUAUUAAACCCGAAAAGCGAUAAAUCUAAAUGCAUGAAAACACAUUCUUCCCUUGACGAUGAUCAGCUAUACUCGCUGACAAAAUAUUGCCAAUCAAAGCUUCUGACCGCGCAAUCGGGGAAAUUUGUCGAUAAGAUAAUAUCAAUAGACAAGAAUUCCGAUAAAUAUUUUAACCACCAUAAAUCUAGUUCAAAAAACGGAGCACUUAAUGCCCCUGUCGAAUCGUUUCAAUUUAAUGGUCCCUCUAAAUAUGAAGGCGAUCUUAAUUUUAAGGGAUCCGAUACUCAAUAUUUGAAUUCAUCCGAUAAUAGUAUACAAAUGCAUCGCAGCCAUAUGAACGGCGAGACCAAGUUAUCCGAUAGUAGUGAUGUGCUCCAAUCGAAAAGUUUUACUGAUGAUUAUUCUACCCAAUAUGCUUUAAUCCCAGGUAUUAAAACCGGUGCUUUGUUAACCACCCACCAACCUAAUAACUCUACUUUAUUAAAUGGUGCCACAAUUAAUAAUAAUUUUCAUAAGGCUUUGGGUCAAGUUAACUCUUUGAAACAAUAUGAUCACAAUAUAAAACCAUCCGAAAAUCGCAUCAAACAUACUCCUAAUUUUUGUAUCCCCCUUCCUUAUAUCCAUAAUCCUCAUUUAUCUAAUCAUACCAAAAAAAUUGAUUUUUUAUCUGCUAACAACAACCCUAAUAUUUUAAAUCACAAUCCAAUUGAAAUUCUAACUAAUAAUAAUAGCUCUCUCUUUGACUCUACUGGCAUUGCGAUAGAUAAGUCUCAAAAUUCCCAUUCCAUAUCAUUUACUCCUCACAUUUUUACAUCUGCUGAAAAUGUAACUUAUUCUAAUCCUGAUAACAAUCAGAAUAUAAACAGCUAUAUUAACAUAAUCUAUCCAUCGCAAAGGGAUAGUAACAACAAUUUGAGAGAAUUGAAUGCAAUCGCCUUGAGCAAUAAUGAAAAAACAUCAGCUCUUAAUCAAAAUUCUGGCUCAUCUAUAAUGAUAGAUAAUAGGAUGAUGCCUAACCAUUUUUAUCCGAUUUUCUCAACUUUCAAUGAGAACAAUGUGGGAACUGACCCAAGAAUGUAUAUGGUCAUGCCAAACGCAAUGUAUACAAAUAAUUCCAUUACAUCUAAUAUAGAACACGACAAAAAAAUUCAUACCAAAUUGAUCAACCCCUGUAUUGAUACCUUUGAGCUCUCAAAACCUUCAUCUCCUGCCACCUCGAUUGAUUCAUCAACUUCCUCCCUCCGAUCCUUACGCAACCCUCAUUCAAACGAUUAUGAAAAUAGCCAUCCUAAUUUGAAUCAUUGCGCGAAUAGCAAGGCAAAUUAUAACAGCACCAAAAUAGAAUAUGGUAUCGGGAUUAACGAGUGCCCUUUGAUUCGGUCUCUUAAUUGUUAUCCUGAGGAAGCCAGUCAAUUUUUACCUAACAACAAUCAAAAUAUUGAUAUAUCGCUCAACGAAGAAUCUAUCUCACGAAAUGAAGUGUCUAUCUCAGCUAGUAGCAACAACGUUACAGAGACUCAAUCCAAUAAACAUCACGAAAAUUUACAUGUCUGUCAAAACUUCUCCGAUAGGGGGGAAACUAUUAAAAACAUUCAUUCCGAAAUUAGCGUGACAUCUGGUGAAGUGACUCCUAUCAAUAUUGUCAUUGAUAAUUCAUCUCCCGAUUUAGAUCUUGCCUUAACACUUUCAACAAACUCAGUCACUCCUAUCAUAAAUAACAACUUUAGACCGAUCGAGGCGCAAUAUAUGACAACAGUUCAAAAGUUCCACCAAUCGACGUUACAUCCAAAUUCCCUUUUAACCCUUCCACCCCCUCCAUCACUGAUGUUGCCUGAGGGCCAAAAGUUUCCCAUUACUCCUAUUGUGAGCGGUCCUUCAUUAUGUCAUAACAAUCCUUGUUAUUUCUACUAUUACAACAACAAUCAAUUGCUGCCACCUAUGCCACCACCCUUAUUGCACCAACAACAGCAAUCAUUAUCGCCUGCCGAUUCCCCUUGCCCGGCGUGCGCUUUGGAAUCUCAGGUGGCCACUUUCGUAAUACCCGUGAUAAAUCAACAGCAUCCAUCCCUCCCACCCCCUUCUCUUCCCCCGUCUUUUAUCAACUCUGCAGGCGGAACCGAAGGGACAGAUGGUAGUUCUCCUUUUCUUUAUUAUUAUUACGUUUGCCCCCCUUCAAUUAAUAACAACAAUAAUGGGGACGGCGUAAACGAUUGCCAAGUUAUGUCCUCUUUAUCGGCUCUCCACUCAGCACAUACCAAUGACAUUCCUCCAUCUCUGUUAUCUUUUGAAAAGGUGUUGGAUUCGUCGCCUUUCAACGUUAAUAUAUCGCCUGACAUACAUUUAUCCCUUUCCCGAUCGAGUGAUAUUACCUGUAGUUCAAUUGAAGCAGCGCUCAACAAGGAACAAGGGUCUAGGAUUGUACCAGUAGUUACAUACACUAUUACUUCUAUGAUUUCUCAAACACCACUUAACAUAAAUUACGAAAAGGGCAAGUCUGACUUGCAUAUCUCUGUUCCCAACGUAUCGAAUGAUUUUUCCAGUGUAAGCUCAAUAUCCAGUCUUUCUGAAUCGAAUUAUUCUAUAAGUCUCAACGAAAUUAAACAAAACGAUAUUUUGAACAAUAUUGAAUUACCUAAUUCUUCACUUAACUCUGCCAUCUCAAACAUGGACAGUUUAGAUGGCAUUAUAUCAAACCAUAAUCAACCGUUUCAAUUGUACCAAUCACUACAAUCCCAAAUCCCUACAUCGAUGACCACUUUUAACAACAUCAACUACACUCGACCUCUUAUCACAAUACCCGUUGGGGAGAAUUCUAGGGAAAUUAAUACGCCGCUCUUUUACUACUCUUUAAUUCACUCAUCUUCUUCGGUCUCUAACCCUUCUUUGCUUCCUAACAUGCUUACCUUUCCUAUGGCCCCCACAUCUCAAAGUCUAUUGCCCCUGAUGCCUCCUUUUCUUCACACCUCGACCGUGUUUCCUCCUCCGCCUUUCCUUAACCUGAAUUACGGCCCAUACCUUCCGAAUUUGCUUCAAAAUAACCUCAACAUCAACACCAGUUACCACACGGUUCCCAAUCUACCUUCCAUUUUCCACAAACACCUGUCGCCUUCAUAUCGUGGUAAGCGAACUAAGUCCUCGGCUUCUUCAAAUCGGACCUCACCUUCAUCAUCCAAGAAGAGUAGUCACAGCUCUUUCAACGAACAAAAUUUUAAAUCACCACAAAAGAAUCAAGAGGAAAAGGAUAGCGAACAAGGGCAGUCCUACAAUGGGAAUACGAAUAUAGCUGGAGACCUUAACGAACGUAUUAGUCGAAACCGAAUCCCCGAAUCGCCAGAUUAUGGGUUGGGCAGCGACGUAGAGUCUGCCAAUAACGUUAUAGACAACGACGAUUAUUCCAGUUUGGUCGAAAUUCUUUCAAACAUCACAGACAUUUUGAUAUAUAAUAUCACUGCUCACACCGCGAUUGUGAAAUGGAAAUCUUUGUUAUGUCCUAAACAAUCAAACAUCGAUGAUAAUUUAAACAUUCACGAUAACGAGAAUUUAAACAAAACCCCUUUUCGGCUCACUUACGAUGAAUCUAAGGUAGAUGUACCUGAAAGACUUCCUUCCGACCCAUUUUAUAAAGUCUAUCUUUACAAAAAAAGUGGGAACUUAUCUAAUUAUAAAAAGUUAUGCUCUUCCGAAGACCAAAAAGAUGUGAAACUGCAAACAAAAGCCGAAAUAUUAAUCAAUGAUAUAUCGCAAAUAUCUAGCCAUGGGAUUUGUGUUUACAAUGGGUGCGCUACAGAAUGUUCUUUAGAUAAUUUGACGCCUUAUAAAGAUUAUGAAAUUAGAAUUGGAGCAUAUAUUGACACCGUCAAAGGAAGAAUAUCAAAUGCCGUUUCAUUUAAGAGUUUAUCAACUAUACCGGAUACGCCCGAACCUCCAAUAUUAUUAAAUCGUACUAAAAAUAGCAUGUCACUUAAAUGGACCAAUCCCUUGGAUAAUGGUUCUAAAAUCACUGAAUAUUCGUUACUAAUGACGUCCAUUCCCGCCUCCGCUUAUAUAAAUAAUGCAAAUAAUGUUGAAGAACAUUACUCUACUAUAUAUACCGGCGACGCUAAGCACUUUAAGGCUUGCAAGUUGAAACCUGGAGGUACCAUGGCUUACCGUUUCCGUAUUUCCGUCGCCAAUGCUCAUGGUACCUCUCCUGUCUCAGACCCCGCCACAUUUUUUACUCCAGGGGUCCCACCCCUCAAGCCUGAUUCUCCACGUCUCUUAAAGGCAACUCCAUCCACUCUUAAUUUGAGCUGGCCUGCUUCCCUCCAAAAUCAAAACCAAACGGUCUCGCUUCAAAUGGAGGACACCAAUUCAGGCCACGGGUUUUUGCCUGUUCUUAAUUACAAUAGAAGCAACUGCUCGGAGGGCCAGCGCAUGGAAGAUGGCAGUCAAGGAGAUGAAGAUGAGAAUGGCGACAAUUUGAUGAAAUGUCUCGUGCCACCAAUGGCUGGUGGACUCUCAUUGAAACGCAAUACGGCCUACAAUUUUAAGCUGCGAGUUAGCAAUGAUGACGGGCAUAGCCCUUGGAGCGAUAUAGUAACCUACAAAACUUUGCCAGCACCCCCUGGUCCUCCAAGAAAACUUGCACUAAAAAUUAAACCAUCACCUACAUCUCUAAAAUUAUCUUGGGCAUCUCCUUCAGAUAAUGGUGGUUCAGUUGUUCAACUAUAUUCUGUUGAUAUGAAAUCUAACGGACAUCCCUUCGUCUCAAUAUAUUCGGGUCCAGAUAAAGAAUGUGGGGUAGAAUGCUUGUCUCCUGGUACUGCCUAUAUUUUUAGAGUUAAAUGUGAAAGUUUGGGGGGCGGGGAAGGUUCUUUCUCUCGUGAUCUGAUUCUUACGACUCCUGCUGCUGCCCCUUCGGCUUGCUGCACUCCAACCCUUUCACCAUUGGAAUCGAUAGGGGCUGGAAAAAGAACAAGACAUGGAGUAACAAUUAUUUAUGAUAAUCCUGAGUCCGAUGGUGGUUCUCCAAUCACUGAAUAUGAGGUGGAAAUGUGUCACGAGACUGCCAAAGACAAUAAAAAUAGCGAAUCAUAUAACGUUUUAUAUAAGGGUAUCUUGAAGAAGUGUGUGGUUAAUGAUUUAUUACCCGCUAACAAUUAUAGAUUUCGUGUCAGAGCUGGCAAUGUUAUAGGGUGGGGUGUAUGGUCAAACUGGAACAAUUAUAAAACCGGCGCUGGCCCGCCCAAUCCUCCUACCCUUACUGUGACGAUCAAGUCUUCUUUUUCUGCCGCUAUGACGUUUAGGCCUCCCGAAAAUGAUAAUAGUACUUACAUCUUGGAAUACGUUUUAGAGAUGGCGAAAACUCUUCCUCAAUCGCAAGCAUGCCUGUUGAAAGAAUCGCACUUAGAUUUUAUUAAAAUAUAUAAUGGCCCUGACACAAUUUUCGAAUGCAAAAAUUUGAUCCCUUGUAACGUUUACUAUUUUAGAGUUGCUGCUACCAACGUUUUGGGUCAAGGCGUUUUUUCCCUCCCAUUACGCAUAAUGACUCCUCCCUCCGUUCCCACUUGCCCUGCUUCUUCGAAUAUAAUAAGCCUUCAAAAGCUACCCCGAGCCCUAUCCGUGCAAUGGAAGCCACCUACUGAUGAUAGAGGUAGUCCCGUACUCAAAUACGGGUUAGAGGUGAAUAAUGUUGACUCUAAAUCGGAAUCAAAAUAUUUUACAACCGAAACUGAUUCUUGUCAAUAUAACGUGAAAGACUUGAGACCAAUUCAGACCUACCGAAUACGGAUACAAGCCAUCAACGCAGUUGGAACUGGCCCCUUCAGCGGCCCCAUCAAUUUCACCACUCCUCCUGAUAUCCCUUCCAAACAACCCGUCAUUAAACCUUGUUCCUCUUCACUGGUUGGCUACAACUUUGUUAAGGUUAGGUGGGAAUACCCUGAAUUAGCUAAGGAAACUAUUAUAUGCCCAGAUACGUUGACUUAUGAACUCGAGAUGGCCGAUUAUAGAAAAUGUUUUAAUUGCGUUUACGUUGGAGAUGCUUUGUCUUGCAAAGUUACAAAACUUCAUGAAAAUUCAGUGUAUGAUUUUAGGGUUAGAUCCUUCAAUGAAUCCGGUUAUGGACCUUUUUCUUCCAAUCAUUCAUUCAAAACUAGCUGGGCACCGCCCUCUACAGUUAAAAGCGUCAAGGUAACAAGAUGCAAACAAGAUUCUUGCUACAUAAGUUGGGUUUAUCCUACUCACUUCCACGCUUUUCCCCAAUUCCUUCAAUCUAACAGUAAAAAGUCCGAUAUUUCUGGAGACAAUAUUGAUGUUGAUUACCAUUUCCAUUCACCAUCUAUUAAAACCAAUAUUACAUGGGACAUUAUUUUCGAAGUUUAUUUGAAUCCAAGCACCUCCAAUAAUAUAAAACAAGAUCAAGAAAUUAUUGAUUAUUUGGGAAGUACGAAUCUGAGCUCCGAUAUUGAAGAUUCGAUUGGAACAGAUUUUAUAUUGGUUUACAGGGGCAAUCAGAGCGAAUGCUUUCUCAAACAUUUAACUCCAUCUACGGAAUACAAAUUUAAAGUCGCCGCCGUGCGACUAUUUUACAAUGAUCAAGUGAUUGCUGACCAUCAUAUGAGAGGACCUUUAACCCAAAGUUACACCUUCAAAACCAGCAUAACUCCUGGAGCUUUGAAUCGUUUUAAUACAUCUUCAACUCUCGUUAAUAACGCAUUUCCAAAUGAUUUAAAAGUGGAUUUACCUUUAUUAAUAAAAAAUCCUAGUCUGACUAUGUUGUUCAAACAUCCUGCAUAUGUUUUGUCUUCUUGCUUAUCUUCAAUUUAUACCAAAUGCCACUCUGCAACCGUAUAUUUACCUUCCUUUUUAACUCGCACCAAAACAGGGAUCGUCGACGAUAAUAAAGUUACAAAUGAGGUUUUGCAUUACCCCUCUAACCCUCCAAAAUCAAUCACCAACUCCUCUCAAACUUUUAAAGUAAUCAAUAACCCGAUAGGGAAGGACAAAACUAUUCGUAACAAGAAAAAUUAUAUCAAUCACUUUGAUUCAUCCAACAAAAGCUCUAAGAACAAAAAAAAACUAACCGACCAACAAUGGGCAUUGAUUAUUAUAUGCAUUUUCACCUUAGCUGCUGUCGUAACCACCUUUUUGGUUGCUAAAUUAGGAAAUUUAUCAUGAUAAAUAUAUACCCCACCCCCACACUUCCUAUCAUCUAAUAUAGGGAAUUUUGUUUUUUAAGGACAAAAUUGGGGAACGUUUUUUCUUCUAAUAUCGCUCACAUUGUGUUUGAACAUCCUGCUUACCAGUUGGGUGAUGGCCUAAAUUAUAUCAUUAAGCAAACAUAUUGUAUUGAAUAUUUAACCAAUUUUUUUUUAUCAUUGGGUUUGUUUGAUCUAAUAGGGUAUUAUUAGAUUUAAAAUAAUCAAUAUUUUUGCUGAAAUUUUUUUCUAUUUGUUAUUGUGUUGAAUAAUUGUAUUUAUUUAUCAGUAUAAUAUCCUUUCUCUUUAUGCCAUAAAUUUAAAAUCCUGACAAUUAUAAAAUUAGAUAUUUGGGUUAUUUGUUUUUUUAUACAACUUUUUAUUUAUUGUUGAUUAACUACCCAGAUUGCAUUAAAAUUCACAGAAUUUUGCUUAACAUUUAUAUUAGUUAGAUAGAUUUUAUUUAUUUAUUUCCGUUUUAAAUAAGAUAUAUUUAAUUAUUAUUAUUUUAUAGGGUGUUCUUAUCUUUCAUAUUUAAAGAUUAUUGUGAAAUAACAAACAUUUAAUAAAAACUUCUUAACUGGGAAUAUUUGAUAUUAUUUUAAUUUCUUGGAUGCAUGGACACUUUUUAUAUUAUGAAAAUUGAAAGCCUUAUAAUUUCAUGAUUUUGGGAAAAUGAUUUGUCUUACUUUGUUCAAAAACAAUUGAGAAUGAUUUUUAUAUUGUUAUAAUUAUAUUAAAUUAAUAGGAAUAAAAAUAUUGUUAUUUUUCAUAAUUUUGUUUUUUAUUAUCAAUGAUAAUAUUUUAAAUAACAUCCUAUAAUAGAUAGAUACAUGUAUAAUAUUUAUUUUGAUUUGGGAAUAUUUAUAUUUACCCUUUUGUGUUUUUAUUUUACAUUUCAAAUUUAAAUUAUAAUAAUAUAUAGCUCCUUCUCAUUUUAUACAAAAAGGGCAAAAUAUUGGUUUUAGUUUAAAUAAUUUGUUUUAUUGUCAAUUCAUUUUUUUUUAUUAACUAUAAAGUCUAGAUAUUUAAUAAUAUAAUAAAUAUGAAUAUUUUUUUUUAAACGAAGAAGAAAAAUUAUUGAAUUUACAAACAAAAAAAUAUUUUAUACUCUUGUUAUUAACUGGAUAUAUAUCUUUUAAAUAUGACAAUUUUUUCAAUUUAUAUUUUUCGGACAUUAUAAUAUUUUAUUGAAUAUAAAUUCAAGGCUCAUAAUAUGUA